AUGGCUUCUCUCAUCCGCACCUCUCUGCGCACUGGUCUGCGCGCCAGCUCUUCCUCGGCUGCGCCCUCGUUGACUUUCACCCGCGGCAAAGCUACUCUGCCCGAUCUCGCCUAUGACUAUGGAGCUCUGGAGCCCGCUGUCUCCGGCAAGAUCAUGGAGCUGCACCACAAGAACCACCACCAGACCUAUGUCAACAGCUACAACACUGCUCUCGAGCAGCUCCAGGAGGCCCAGGCUAAGAACGACAUCUCCGCUCAGAUUGCCCUUAAGCCUUUGAUCAACUUCCACGGUGGUGGACACAUCAACCACACCCUUUUCUGGGAGAACCUGGCUCCGAAGAACGCCGGCGGUGGUGAGCCUCCUUCUGGUGCCCUCUCCAAGGCCAUCAACGAGAGCUUCGGCAGCCUCGAGAACUUCCAGGGCCAGAUGAAUGCCGCCCUUGCAGGUAUCCAGGGAAGCGGCUGGGCCUGGUUGGUGCAGGACAAGCAGACCGGCAACAUCGCCGUCAAGACCUACGCGAACCAGGAUCCCGUUGUUGGGCAAUUCAAGCCCCUCCUCGGUAUUGAUGCUUGGGAGCACGCCUACUACCUGCAAUACCAGAACCGCAAGGCCGAAUACUUCAAGGCGAUCUGGGAUGUGAUCAACUGGAAGAACGUGGAGAAGCGCUUCUCGUAA